UUCGUCGUCAAACUUGCGUCGAGAAGCGGCACCAGUACCAACAACCGGGGAGCCGGAGGAACUGCUGUCGUCGCUCUCUUCGUCGUCUGAAUGCGCUUGUUAGCUAUUCAUGCUCUUGAAGGGCGUUGCUUGCCGUGCAAGCAUCAAACACAACGACCCUGCAAGAGUCCAUUUCACUUGAGACGUCACAGUAGUCUGUAUAGGUUCCAGACUACUGUUCGGGAGGUGCUUAUACGUACCCCACUUCUUAGGAGGCAUGAUGUCUGUUCCUGGUAGUAUGGUACAGUAUCGCGUUUGGUGGUUAAGGGAGUUGAAGUAGGGUGGGAUUUCUGGGGUGCGAGGAUGUGUGAAGGGUAAGUUUUGUGUGAGUUGUGUGAGUGUGGGUGGGUGUUUGAUGCUGCGGUACAAAACGGGUCGAAGACGGAUCUUGAAAACAAGGAACAAAGGAAGGGAACGUAAAAGGCAAACACUAAAGGGACCGGAUUUAAUCCAAUAUCACCGUCUGGUACUUAUAUAUGUACACGAGAAACGUUUCUGUCUAGCACAUACUAUUCAUGUAUCUAUAAAAACUAUAUAUUUGGCAUUUGCCUUUCAGGCAGAAAGCCUUUACUCCCAACCAGCAUAUUGAAAGUCGGAUGGAGGGGUUGUCGAUCUGAAGUGGGGGGAUUUUUUAGUGUGAAAGUUUUGCCCGAUUAAAAAAAAGAAGAAGAAUUGGCGCAGUUUUCUACACUCCAAAACUCUCCGUCAAUCAUGAUACACCCGCGGCCAAUUUUAUUUCAACAUGGAAUAAGUAAGACUUUUAUGUGAUGGCAUACUCGCUAACUAUGUUUCCCUGUUUUAUUCUUUCUAGUUAGUACUUUCAAUGCUGUAAACCCUGGGAUUACACUUGCACUUACUUCACCCAUUUCUGUGAAGGUGGUGAGAAGGGCUAAGUCCCAGCUCUGAAGCUACGUUGUUUCUUCUACAGCACUCUAAUGCCGUUUUUGCCUACUAUUAUUCGAACCCCUGGAGACUGGAUGAGUUACUACCCUGACAUCUGAUGUUGUAUGCCUUCGCGGAGGUGACAAGGUCUCCGUGUUAUAGUGUACUAGAUUUUUAUCAUGACAUACCCGGUACCAAUAACACCAUCCUUUAUAGUACUUUUUAUAGUAAUCUACCUCACAGAUGAAAUGUGCUCAUCACAGAUGAGUCAAUACACGAGUUUGAUAUGAGACAUAUCAGGUGUCGUACACUUCAUAUGGUAUGUCAAGCUUCAUCGUUCUUACCAAGAGAGAAUUUGUCGAGAAUACCUGCAUCGCUGGGACUAGACCACGAUGUAUCCAUGUAAGUCAACAUCUUAGCAUCUCCGGGUUUAAGAGGACUCGCACAAGCAGCUGACCACAAGGCCUUUGAUUCAUCCAAUGGAUAACUAUCAGGAUCCCGGAAAAUCCCCAGUGAGUUUGAGUGGCCAAGCAAUAAUGUCAACUGUGUAUGGAGUGUUGGUAUCGAGAAAUCCCGAUACCAGCUGCUGUAUCCGCAUCAGACCGGCGUUUAAAAAAUGCUCCUAGAUGAGUGGGCAAGUUUCCAAAGUAGUCAAAAUAAUAGGACCGUUUAUAGCACGUGCCAUCAGCCUCUUGGUUGAUGUCAGAUCGCGAGUGAUUCCUAAGCCAGGAUUCAUGAUCUCGGCUGCGAAUGCUGUGUAGGUAGUCAACAUCCGAGUCCUCCCGAUGAGCCUCACUCACGUGGUAGCCAAACUUUUGAGCUGCAACCAACCAAUGACGGAUCUUUGUCAUGUUCCCGAUCAGGUCUUCGGGAAUGUCUUUCUAACGUUUCCACUGACUGUCCCAGUUGCUUGGGCCCCUGCGGACCAUCGUAAUUGACAAGGACUUAGGUACCGCUACUGUACUCGUCUGAACGGCCUGGCUGGGUUGGACUUUGACAGUUGGCCCCAGUUCUAGUUAGCGGCGGCCACGGUGUGCCGCAGACGCCGCUCACCUUGAGUACUUGUCCCGGUCUGUCUUCGUGCACUUCCCCUUGGUAACGUCUCUUGUCAGCAAUUUCAACGCCGAAUUAGAACGGCGUUUGGAAAUAUUACUGAUACGAAGACCAGAAUUUUCUCGUUCUCAACCGGACCCCUGGGGUAUGCUGGGGAUGGCGUCUGACAUGCAGACACGCCUCUCUGUAGGCUUAUCUCUGGAAUAUAUAUAUAAAGGUUCACUUGGACCUCAUCAGGCCGAACCUUCAUUAUACUAUCCUUAACCCAAAGAUUCAGCUCCAUCAGUGAUAAGCUGAGGCAGAUACCUGCAAUAAGUAUACCAUAUACCGAAGACACCACAAAUCUUGCUCGCCCCGAUGUUGUCUUUCCAAAUUCAGCACAGCCAAGCCUCACGGCAAGCAGCGAAAGCUGUCGCACUUGCGUUUGCUCGAACCAAAUCUUCUUCUUCAUCUAUGGCGAGAGCUCCUACAGCUCUUCGAGCCGGUUGUGCCGCUUCCCAGCAACAUCGGCUCUUCUCCUCGACACCCACACACCAACUUCGUGACUUCUUUCCGGUCAAAGAGACGCCACAUAUCCAGACGACCAAGCCAGCCUGGCCACACGAAGGCUACACAUAUGAUGAAAUGUUGGCGGUCGAGCCCGCUCAUCGACCUCCCCAGACAGUCGGUGACUAUACAGCCUGGAAAAUUGUCCGCUUUGCUAGAUAUUGCAUGGACAAGGCCACAGGCAUGGACCGUGAUCAGAAAUCCGACAAGACCAAGCCGACUACAGCCAUUGAGGCUCAGAAGCCACUCACCGAGGCUCAAUGGUUGAUUCGAUUCAUCUUCCUCGAGAGCGUGGCGGGAGUUCCCGGCAUGGUUGGGGGCAUGUUGCGCCAUCUCGGCAGCCUUCGACGCAUGAAACGAGAUAAUGGCUGGAUCGAAACACUCCUUGAAGAGAGCUACAACGAACGAAUGCAUCUUUUGACGUUUAUGAAGAUGUGUGAGCCUGGUUGGUUCAUGAAGAUGAUGAUCAUCGGUGCUCAGGGCGUCUUCUUCAACAGCCUGUUUGUGUCCUAUCUGAUCUCGCCCAAGAUUGUCCACAGGUUUGUCGGUUACCUUGAAGAAGAGGCUGUUCACACCUACACUCGUUGUGUCAAGGAGAUUGAAGAUGGCAACUUACCCAAGUGGAGUGACCCCAAGUUCCAGAUACCUGACAUUGCUAUCCAGUACUGGAAGAUGCCACAAGAGCACCGUACGAUGAAGGACUUGAUCCUCUAUAUCAGGGCUGAUGAGGCAACUCACCGAGGGGUCAACCACACACUUGGUAACCUCAACCAAACCGAGGAUCCAAACCCAUUCGUCAGCGAAUACAAAGAUCGCGAGCCGCCCAAGCCUGCACUAAAGCCAACCGGCUACGACCGCGUCGAAGUCAUCUAGGGUUGUCACAAAGCGAUCACCAACAUUAGCCGAACAAAGUCUCGUGGCAUAGGACGAGCUCGUACGGAUUGUCUUGUCUCAUUUGCUCGGAAUGAUCGGAAAUUCUUGAAUCGAGUAUUGCAGUUCUUGCUUGUUUACACAUGAUACCACUGGGAAACAGGAGUUCAACUUGGGAGGAGUUUGCUUGGUUAUUCAACCACGAAUUUGCAUUUGAUGGCGUUAUAUCAUGGAAUCCCUACUCUUGAAGAUAUUAGAAGCAAUGUUUUAGUUGGAUAAAAGAAGAAGAAGAAGAAGAAGAAGAAGAAGAAGAAGAAGAAGAAGAAAACCAUAUUCCAGUGGUACAACGGUUCGAUUACUUCAACCACAAACCCUCUACUGCAUGUGAAGUUCGUGCCGCCAGAAUGGUCUUGAAAACAAUACUUACUCACAAACGGCAUACACGUGCAACAACAACUCGGCAAAAAAAAAAAACUCGUAUACGCCUCUGCAUCCUUAGAAGGGGCCUGGUAAUAAAUACGUAAGAACAACCUAAAGAAUAACUAUAUCACUUUCAGGAACUUUCACCUCAAUUUCGCAUGUCGAGCUUCCUGCCUUUCCGGGCAAGGUGGGAACUAGUUCGCGUUUAUUUUAGUACAAGGUAAGGUACAUUAUUUAAUAAGCUUCUUUUUCUCCGGUCCGGACCCGUCAGCAAAAAUUCGAAAUCUGCCUUGCGAGGAUCCUCAAACGCAAAGGAAGAGUCGACUGUCGGCUGUCACCGAGCAUGGCAGGGGUCUGCGUGAUAAGCUGAAACUGAUGUCACGACUGUCUCAAUGCUUACCGAAUUGCUCCCGUCAGCACGCAAACCAUCCUCUCUGCCUCUGACGCGAGGAGAAAAGAGAGCACAGCCUUGGAUUGUGGGGUCGGAUCGUGGGCCGCGUGUAAGGCUGGGGGCGGUGUAAGUGGGAUAUACAAGUACGCAUUCUGUCAUGGCAUGAAUAUGUGUUUCGGGCAGUAUUCACACGAAUGGGAUGGUGAAACAUCAAGUAAAGCAUGCAAUCAUAUCACCAACGCGAAUCCAUUGUGUUGGUUUCUUCUCCACCUGGUUACGUUUACCAACGUGUAGAUUUUAGAGGUCCGAGUAAUAUUCUGUCUGGCCGGCUUUUUCUCAGGUACAUGGAGGCACGCUAGAAGCAUCACUUCUUCGAGAGGCAGUGCAGAACUUGCAUGGUGGAUGAUGAUCCAGGGACGGGUCAGAGGAUGGUCUAUUAAAAGCUCGUACGAUCGAGUUAUGUGCUCUUUGCGGCUAGCAGAAUAUUAUUGUGAUAUGGUCAUCAAAUUAUGUAUGGGCAUUCCCUUGCCUGACAAGCCCACUGAGUGGAAUGCUUAAACCGACAAGUUUACCAGGCAAGACGCUGUUUACACCCAUAAACCGGUGCCUGCAGCGCAACGAAUGAUAUAAAACAGGAUAGGACUGAAAUAUGACUCAAACUGCCCACUGUCUAGGUCAGUAGUUACCUGUGCUUCUAUAAGCAACUGGAAUCUGCACAUGAGAGAAAGUGACAUGAAACGACGAGCCGCGUACCGGAUAUUGAUGACAACAUUGAGAACCACCAAUCCAGAUGAGCAGGACACAUGGCAAGGAGUGUGUGCCUAUUUAAUAUUUACGAAUUGAUUCAAUGAAGGCCCAAUGAACUUGCGAUGAAAGUUUAUAUUUAUAUAUAUGCUGAAAUAAAAUAACAAAUAACAUAAACCACAUGUCUGCC